GGAAAUAUACACCAAAGAACUUGUUGUUAUAAAUUCAUUGCCAGUUGCAGAUACAGCGAUUUAUUACAUUAUAUCCUCUCUCUAUAGUGUCUGUAUCUAUUAUAAACCAAGUUUUUGUAUCACAUUUUGUAUCCUACAGUAUACCUAUUCAUGCAUAUAUAUAGCUAGAUAGAUGUACAGCUGCCUCCAACAUAUAUAGUCAACUGAUGAAAUUAUAAGCAUCAUCAUUAUAGUUUUGUCUCCUUUCUUUCCUUCUUUCUUUCUUUCUUUCUUUCUUUCUUUCUUUCUUCCUCUCAUAGCUGAUGAUGGAGAUAACUACUGUUAAAAGAGUGUUCUUGAUCGGGGUAUCGAUCUUGAUACUGAAUUGGGUAUGGAGAGCUGUGAAUUGGGUUUGGUUAAGGCCAAAGAGACUGGAGAGAUAUCUCAAGAAACAAGGAUUUUCUGGGAAUUCUUAUAGGAUUUUGAUGGGAGAUAUGAGAGAGAGUAAUCAGAUGGAUCAAGUUGCUCACUCUCUUCCUCUUCCUCUCGGCGCUGAUUUUCUUCCCCGUGUCAUGCCUUUUCUCCAUCACACUGUUCUAAAACAUGGGAAGAAGUGUUUCACAUGGUACGGACCGUACCCGAACGUGAUAGUAAUGGAUCCAGAGGCACUUCGAGAGAUAAUGUCAAGGCACGAACUCUUUCCAAAACCAAAGAUUGGAUCACACAAUCAUGUUUUCCUCAGUGGUCUUCUCAACCACGAAGGUCCUAAAUGGUCUAAACACCGAAGCAUUCUUAAUCCUGCUUUUCGUAUUGAUAAUUUGAAGAGCAUAUUACCAGCAUUUAACACGAGUUGCAAAGACAUGUUAGAAGAAUGGGAGAAAUUAGCGUCAGCAAAAGGAACAGUGGAACUUGAUUCAUGGACUCACUGUCAUGACUUAACGAGAAACAUGCUUGCUCGUGCUUCUUUCGGUGACUCCUACAAAGAUGGAAUCAAGAUCUUCGAAAUCCAACAAGAACAGAUCGAUCUUGGUCUCCAAGCUAUUCGAGCCGUCUACAUUCCUGGAUCCAAAUUUUUGCCAACAAAAUUCAACUGGAGGCUGAGAGAAACCGAAAGGGACAUGAGGGCUAUGUUUAAAGUUAUGAUUGAGACAAAAGAGGAGGAGAUAAAAAGAGGAAGAGGUACCGACAAGAACAGCGACUUGUUGUUCUCCAUGUUGGCUUCCAAUACAAAAGUGAUCAAAGAACAAGGACCAGAUUCAGGGUUGAGUCUUGAUGAUCUCAUAGAUGACUGUAAGGCUUUCUAUCUAGCUGGUCAAAAUGUGACCUCUUCAUUGUUUGUUUGGUCACUUGUUGCUUUAAGCCAACAUCAAGACUGGCAAAACAAAGCAAGAGACGAGAUUUCUCAGGCGUUCGGUACCAACGAACCAGAUUUCGAAGGCUUAGGCCAUCUAAAAGUCGUAACAAUGAUCCUCCAUGAAGUGCUGAGACUCUAUUCGCCAGCUUACUUCACAUGUCGGAUAACUAAACAAGAAGUGAAGCUAGAGAAAUUCUCUCUACCAGAAGGAGUUGUAGUUACAAUACCAAUGCUCUUAGUGCACCAUGAUCCUGAUCUUUGGGGGGAUGAUGUGAAAGAGUUUAAGCCCGAGAGGUUUGUUAAUGGUGUAGCGGGUGCAACCAAAGGAAGACUCUCCUACUUGCCGUUUAGCACAGGCCCUCGGACUUGUAUCGGUCAAAACUUUUCCAUGUUGCAAGCUAAGCUCUUCUUGGCAAUGGUACUUCAAAGGUUCAGUGUAGAGCUCUCUCCAUCGUAUACUCAUGCUCCUUUCCCGGCUGCAACUACAUUCCCACAACAUGGAGCUCAUUUGACCAUCCGUAAAGUUUAGGUGGUAGAAGAAGAACUAUAAAAGUAAAGGUGCUUUCCUUUUUUUUUUUGUUCAUCAUCAAAACAGAACCUUGAAGGUGUUGUAGUGGUAAUGCAGUUUGAAUCCUGUCAAGAAAUCUUUAUUUGGGUGUUCUUUUU